AUGGCUCCUCGAAAGUAUAUGUCUGGACAUGUUCAAGAUUCGGUGAAUGUUGAAAAUGAGCAACCUGAAAAUCAAGAAAGUGAGGAUUUGGUUAAUGAAAAUUUGAAUGAGAAUAGAAAUUCCAUUGAAGAAUGUGAAGAACCUAGUAAUGUAAAUGAACAUGAAGGAAAUGUAAAUGAACAUGAAGAUUUGUUGUUCAAAUAUGAUGCAAACAAAAUUCAAUUGGCAAAUGAUGGAGUUAGAGACUGGAGAAAUCUCAGUGCUAGACUUAAAAGUCAUGAAACAAGUAGUGAACAUAUUGUUUACAUGAAAAGUUGGAUUGAAUUAGAGAUCAGAUUACGGCAAAAUGCGACAAUCAAUAAAAGUGUUGAAGAACAAAUCAACAAAGAACGAGAACAUUGGAGAAAAGUACUAUUGAGAGUAGUUGUUGUUGUGAAAACACUUGCUAAAAAUAGUUUGGCAUUUCGUGGAGAUAAUGAGAAGCUUUAUGGAGAAAAUAAUGGAAAUUUUUUAAGUAUAAUAGAAAUGAUUGCCGAAUUUGAUCCAAUAAUGAAAGAGCAUGUUCGUCGAAUUCAGGAGAAAGAAAUUCAUUAUCAUUAUCUUAGUCACAAAAUUCAAAAUGAAUUUAUUCUUCGAAUAGCAGAUGAGAUCAAAAGUUUAAUCAUCCAAAAGAUUAAAUAA